AUGAAGGCCUCCGUCGCUGCUUCCAUCAUCGCUUUCGCCGUUGCCGUCUCGGCCGGCCCAGCCAAGUCCGCUCCCAUGAACUUCUUCAGCAUGUCCAAGCGUGCUAGCCUUCCUAUCCCAGCCUCCAAGGGCACUGAGACUCUCAAGGAGGCCCAGGAGAUCACUGGUGUCUUUGACGGUGGCCUCAAGACCUACGGUCGUGGCGUCUCCUGCACUGGUCAGGCUGAGGGUGGCGACUCCGAUGCCGUCUUCAUCCUCAAGGAUGGUGCUACGCUCAAGAACGCCAUCAUUGGCGAGGACCAGAUCGAGGGAGUCCACUGCGAGGGCAGCUGCACCAUUGAGAACGUCUGGUGGGUUGCUGUCUGCGAGGAUGCUCUUUCCCUCAAGAAGGACGGUGACGCGACUGUCAUUGGCGGUGGCGCUACCGGAGCCGAAGACAAGGUCAUCCAGCAGAACGGCGCUGGUACCGUCACUAUUGACGGCUUCACCGUCGACAACUUCGGCAAGCUGUACAGGUCCUGCGGCAACUGCAAGCAGUCCGCUGAGCGCCAUGUCAUCAUGAAGAACGUCAAGGCCUCCAACGGCAAGCUCCUUGCUGGCAUCAACCCCAACUUCGGUGAUUCUGCCACCAUCGACGACAGCAACUGCGCCAGCUCCGUCAAGACCAUCUGCGAGGAGUUCAAGGGUGUUGCCUCUGGCAGCGAGCCCGAGUCCGUCUCCACCGGUCCUUCCGACGCUUGCAUCUACAAGGAGCCCCUCGCCUCUUGCUAA